AUGGGACCGAUAAGAAGUAGAAGCCAGACUCUGCUCCCUCUGCCUCUUUUUCCCACCUGCUCUGCCCCUCCUGCUGUCACCUCCAUAUCCACUUUUGUUGCUCUACUCAAAUUUGUUGAUUGCCAGAACCAAAAAAACUGCAUCAAAGCUCAGUCUAAUGUCCCUGCAUCAGAGAACUUUCCAUCAGGCAGCAUCCAGAGUCUCAGGCAGAAGAAGCUGAAGCAGCAAGGAGAUGAGGCUGCAGCCUUGCAGGGGGCUGGAAUGAUGUUGUUGGCAAAUCUGCAGUCGUUUCUUCCCCUUUGUGAUGGAGUGGAACUGAGUCAGCUCUUAUAUGAGAAGGAUUUUUUUUCCCACCAGGGCCCAAUCACCUUUGAGGAUGUGGCUGUCCAUUUCUCCCAGGAGGAGUGGGUUCUUCUGAAUCCUGGUCAGAAAGUCUUGCACAAGCAGAUCAUGGAGGAGAUUCAUGGGAUUGUGGACUCUCUUGCAGAUAACUGGAAGCAGAGCAAUGUAAGCACCAAAUGCAGGAAGCAUUUCGGGCACAAUGGGGACCUUCCAAGACACCAGCAAACCCACAGAGAAGAUGAAGUUUCUGCCAAAGAAAGGCUCUACAAAUGCAAUGUACGUGGACAAUGUUUUACCCAAAAUAUUGCACUUACGCUUCACAAGACACUCAGUGAUGGGAAAAGCCAUCUUGGAUGGAAAAUAUCAGCAAAAUGUGCUGCUGAUAACAAAUUGCCACAUCUGAGCCAAGAAGCAACUUUUGAAGGAACAGAGGAUUUCAUAAGCCAGGAGUUGGGGAAAUCUUUUAUCCAGAGUUCACACUUGGUGGAACAUGACAAAUUUCACACAGGGCAGGAUCCAUAUAAAUGCCAGGAGUGUGGGAAAUGUUUUGCUGACAGUUCAGCAUUGGUGAAGCACAAAAGACUCCACACAGGAGAGAAGCCAUACCGGUGCCAGGAGUGUGGGAAAUGUUUUGCUCGCAAUUCAGUCUUGGUGCGGCACAAAAGGCAGCACACAGGAGAGAAGCCAUACCAAUGCCAGGAGUGUGGGAAAAGUUUUGCUGACAGUUCAACCUUGGUGAGCCACAAAAGAAACCACACAGGAGAGAAGCCAUACCAAUGCCAGGAGUGUGAGAAAUGUUUUGCUUCCAGUUCAGGCUUGGUGAAGCACAAAAGACUUCACACAGGCGAGAAGCCAUACCAAUGCCAGGAGUGUGGAAAAUGUUUUGCUUACAGUUCUCACUUUAAGAUCCACAAAAGACUCCACACAGGAGAGAAGGCAAACCAGUGCCAGGAGUGUGGGAAAUGUUUUGCUUACAGUUCUCACUUGAAGAUCCACAAAAGACUCCACACUGGAGAAAAGCCUUACCAAUGCCAGGAGUGUGAGAAAUGUUUUGCUGACAGUUCACACUUGGUGGUUCACAAAAGGCUCCACACAGGGCAGGAUCCAUAUAGAUGCCAGGAGUGUGGGAAAUGUUUUGCUUACAGUUCUCACUUGAAGAUCCACAAAAGACUCCACACAGGAGAGAAGCCAUACCAGUGCCAGGAGUGUGGGAAAUGUUUUGCUCGCAAAGCGGUCUUGGUGCGGCACAAAAGGCAGCACACAGGAGAGAAGCCAUACCAAUGCCAGGAGUGUGGGAAAAGUUUUGCUGACAGUUCAACCUUGGUGAGCCACAAAAGAAACCACACAGGAGAGAAGCCAUACCAAUGCCAGGAGUGUGGGAAAUGUUUUGCCAGCAAUUCAGUCUUGGUGUGGCACAAAAGGCUCCAUACAAGAGUGAAGCCAUAUCAAUGCCAGGAGUGUGGAAAAUAUUUUGCUAAGAGUUCUCGCUUGGAGAGCCACAAAAAACUCCAUACAGGAGAGAAGGCAAACCAGUGCCAGGAGUGUGGGAAAUGUUUUUCUUACAGGUCACAAUUGCUGACCCACAAAAGACACCACACAGGAGAGAAGCCAUACCAAUGCAAGGAGUGUGGAAAAUGUUUUGCUUACAGUUCUCACUUGAAGAUCCACAAAAAACUCCACACAGGAGAGAAGGCAAACCAGUGCCAGGAGUGUGGGAAAUGUUUUGCUUACAGCUCAUCCUUGGCGAAGCACAAAAGACUCCACACAGGAGAAAAGCCAUACCAAUGCCAGGAGUGUGGGAAAAGUUUUGUUUGCAAUGCACAAUUGGUGAGCCACAAAAGGGUCCACACAGGAGAAAAGCCAUAUCAAUGCCAGGAGUGUGGGAAAUUUUUUGCUUACAGUUCAUCCUUGGUGAAGCACAAAAGACUCCACACUGGAUAGAAGCCUUACCAAUGCCAGGAGUGUGAGAAAUGUUUUGCUGACAGUUCACAAUUCCUGAGCCACAAAAGGCUCCACACAGAGCAGGAUCCAUAUAGAUGCCAGGAGUGUGGGAAAUGUUUUAUUCAGUCUUUGUCCCUUAACAAGCACUGGAGAAUACACAAAAGUUAAAAUACAGCCAUUGUGGGUUAACAUCUUGCCUAAGAUUUGGUAGAAUACCGUUUCUCAUCAUUUGAAUCCCUAAGUUGGAGGUCCUGUUCUCUGGAGCAGCAGAAAGCAAGCUUCCUGUGACAAUCAUUCAGAAGGUUAAAUACGAUUGUCAUGUCACUUAUUUUAAAAAGAAACCAUAUGUCAUUCCAUCUGUUCUUCCCCUGGGCUUGUUUCUGGCUCCUUUACCACCAUGUUUGCAAAUUUCCAGUUUGUGAAUUUUGUUUUUCAGCCGGGAUUCCGGAAUUGAACAAAGUGCUUCUGUUGAGGCCAAGCCAAAGGAAAAGAUGUUUGCGCUAUUAUUACCCUCAAUGUACAAAUUGUACCUUUGGCUAGAAUAUACUGGUUGUUUUUGUCAGUUUUCUUGCUCCUGGCACACUGCUAAUCCA